GAGCCGUGGACAGACCGGCGAGGAGCGCCACCAAGGGCGUGACCCGAUGCACAGUUCCUCGAAGACGAACGCUAAAGGCGAGAAGGGAACGGAUGCCCACAAGGAUAGCACCUCCAGCUUGAAGCAUAAGAACCGAAAGGGAGAUAAAGAUAAGCCUGAUGGUGAUCACGAUGCGAGUGGAAAACGUAAGUCAGACGGCGAUCUGGACAAACACAAACGGAAGGGUAAAAAAGACAAAGAGAGCGAUCAUCUAAAAGGUCAGCAUAAGACCAGUGAGCAUGACAAGCUGGAUAAAAAGAAACACAAGAAAAAUAAGAAAAUGGACGAUGAUAAGAAGCAUUCGAAGUCAGGUCAUGAGACCAGCGACAAUAAAGAUAAGGAUAAAAAUGACCGUUCAGAGAAAAAACGAAAGAGUGGAAAACAUGACGUGAAGGGCAGUGACAAAGAGUCUGGGCACAAAAAGAAAGGAAAACACAAAAAAUCCAAAGAGCAGGAUGAAAGCAAGAAGUCUGAUGACAAACAUGACAAGUCUGCCCGGAAAAGGAAGCAUGACCCCCAAAAGAAAAAACAGCGUACGGAGAGUAGCGGCGAUGGAGAGCAUGGAGAAAAGAAAAAACGCAAAAAGACUCACGCGGAUAAGACGCAUGCCGAUGGAAAGGCUUCACAUGAACGGAAAGACAAAUCAAAGUCUCCUAAGGCAGAAGACCACAAAAGUGAUUCGGGAAAGAAGGGUCGUCAUUCCGAAAAACGUACUGACAAACAUCAUAGAGCAAAGCGUAGUGCAGAACGUAAAACAGGGAAGUCUGACGAUUCACGUACCAAAGGGGAGCAUGAAUCACGGAAAGACAAACACCAAAGAAAAUCUCGGAAGCGUGACACAUCUGGUCAUGCAAAGUCAAAAUCGUCCAGCUCAAAGGAUGGCAAACACGCAGAUCACAAAUCUAAAGGAAAGCACGCAUCUCGUAAGGAAAGAUCACGUAGCAAAAACAAAGAGCAUUCAGCCCGAUCCAAGGACAGCCACGGUUCGGGAAGCAAGUCAUCGUCAAAGACGCGCUCGUCGAAAGGGAACCGGAGCAAAUCUCAUCGAUCAAAGGGUCACAAGAACAAGUCCAGCGCUUUAAAAAGCUCCAAAGGCAGCAAAAGUUCAAGAAGUAAGUCAUCGAAGUCUUCAAAAAGCUCAAAACGAAGCAAGAGCUCGAGAAGCAAGUCAUCAAAGUCUUCAAAAAGCUCCAAACGCAGCAAGAGCUCGAGAAGUAAGUCAUCGAAGUCUUCAAAACGCUCCAAACGCAGCAAGAACUCAAGAAGUAAGUCACCGAAAUCUUCAAAACACUCCAAACGCAGCAAGAGCUCAAGAAGUAAGUCAUCAAAAUCUUCAAAACGCUCCAAACGCAGCAAGAGCUCAAGAAGCAGAUCGUCUAAGUCCCGCUCAUCGAGCAGGAGCCGUGGGCGGUCCCAUCGAUCAAAGAGCAGCAAACGCUCUUCCAAGCAUCGGAAACGCCAUAGCUCAAAAGACAAGCGCAGGAAGGCCAAAGGCGCUAAACGCCACAGUUCGAAGGACAGGCGCAAGAAAGCCAAACGCGCCAAACAUAAGAGCCGGAAGCACCGCAGUAAGAGCAGACGUGCGAAGUCAAAAAAGCGUCACAAGCGCUCUAAAAGCAGAUCGCGCAGCAGCAAGCGCAGGCACAAGUCACGCCGCCACAAGUCUAAGCGCGGUAAGCGUAGCGGCGGCAAGAGGUCGCGAUCAAGAAAGCACAAGAGUCGGGGUCGCUCAAGGAAGGGUCGUCGCAAAUAAGGCCGAUCGGUUGCAACGGAGCGCACGGCAGCCGCAGAGUACGCUGUUGAGUGCCAGAGUAAGCGUUAGUACCAGAAUGGUUCGAAGUGGUCAUGCAAUGUCGACGGAAGCAUUUUCCUCUUGCCGCGGUACCAAUUGCAAGACCAUCCCGCAAGGCACCGCAUUUCAAAAAGGCGCCGCGGUUUGCCUGUCAUUUGCUGCGAGCAAUGCAAGCGUGUCAGCGCGCGCGCGCCAACCACGGACCAUUUGAGCGGGGCUCGAGCUUGAUCGACU